AUGACCUACCCGACCGCUGACUACGUUAUCAUCGGCGGCGGCACGGCCGGCCUGGUGGUGGCCAACCGCCUGUCGGAAGACCCCAACAUCAAUGUGCUCGUGCUGGAGGCGGGACCGGACCGCAGCUCGGACGAGCGCGUCCAGAACCCCGCGGCGUGGCCCACUCUGAGCGGGUCGGAAGUGGACUGGAAAUUCAAAACGGUACCGCAGCCCAGUUUGAAUAACCGCGACCAAGACUACGCUGCGGGCCGCCUGCUGGGCGGUACAUCCGCCAUCAACGGGCUGGCGUUUGUGCCACCCGCCCCGGCGGGCAUCGACGCCUGGGAGGCGCUGGGGAACCCCGGCUGGUCCUGGCAGUCGUUGGCCCCAUACUUUCACCGUAGCUUCCAUAUCUGCGCCGAAGCUGCCCCUGGCAAUGGACCUGGUGCUGCUGCAUCCGCCGCAAAUGGACCCAUCGAAGUUACCUAUCCCGCACUGGCGGAACCGAGGAAUCACACCAUCAUUGAUGCCUGGAAUAAGACCUUCGCGGACAAGGGCUACGCCUUCAGUGAUACCCUGGUCCCGACUCCGACCACCGGCACCCGCCCCUACACAGCUACCAUCACCACCACAGGCGUCCGCAGCGCAAGCACUCAGUAUGCGGCCUCACGCUCAAACCUACGUAUCCUCACCAACACCACGGUCGAGCGCAUCCUCUUCGACACGACAACCACCACCAUCACCGCCACCGCGGUCCUCCUCCACAAUGAUCCCUCUCCCAUCACUGCCACUAAAGAAGUAAUUCUCGCCGCGGGCGCCUUCAACACCCCCAAGCUCCUCGAACUCUCCGGCAUCGGCUCUGCAUCCCGGCUCUCCACGCACAGCAUCCCCUGCAUCAUUGACAACCCCUCCGUUGGAGAAAAUUUAAACAACCACCUUAUGGUUGUUCUUCCCGUUCCCAUCCAACCCUUGCCGGAUACCGCCUCCCCAACCCCAGGUAUUCAAGCCAUCUCUUUCGUCCGCUCAGGUGCUGAAGCCGACCUCCUCUCGCGUCACCCUCCCCAUUUCCCCCUCAACAACCUCCUCGCCAACCCAUCCGAGCCCACAGCCUGCUUCUUUCUCAGCACGCUGCCAAACUCCAUGGCCAUCCUCGGCUUAAUACCCUCUUACCCCCUCUCCCGCGGCUCCGUCCACCUCUCUUCCUCCCAGCCUACUGACAAGCCCAUCAUCGACCCUGACUAUUUAUCGCACCCCCUUGACAUCAAACUCAUGGCAGCGCACUUCAAGACUCUUCACUCCCUCCCAACCUGCUCCCAAUUAAGUGGGAUUGUAGGCUCCGCACCGGGCCCUAGCCCUGAGUCUCAGGACCCGGGUGUCGUAGAGGAGACGUUGAGGGCAUCGGUCGUGGCGGCGCAUCAUUUCUGUGGGACGGCCAUCAUGGCCCCGCGGGAGAAGGGAGGUGUCGUGGAUACCGAGUUGCGGGUUCAUGGGACUGGUAACCUGCGAGUUGUCGAUGCUAGUGUGUUCCCUACUGUGACAGCAGCGAACCCCAUGUCGACGGUGUAUGCCGUUGCAGAGCGGGCGGCAGAGAUAAUUCGGGGAAGGGACAGACCUGCCUGCGCUUAAGGGGAAGGACAGGGGC